AUGCUUCAGGAACUAAUACAACAUCUCCCUUCUAAGGAAGACAUGGCCUCUAUGUUGACGAGACUCGAUGCCUCCAUGCAGGAGAAGCUAUCUUCCAUCACUGCUGAGGUACGACAAAUAGGCCUGCGGGUGGGAGAUUUAGAGGGAGACAGAGAUAAUAUCCAGUUGAAAAUCUACAAUUUAGAACAGAGACAAGAUGCACAGGACACCAAAAUUGUGCAGAAACUACGCCACACAGAAGACCUCGAUAAUAGAGGCAGAAUAAAUAAUCUUCGUAUAAGAGGCAUACCGGAGGCGCAGGGGGACCCCGAAAAUGUCAGAGAGAUACUACAAACUCUAUUUAAUACCAUUCUACAAUGUCCAGUAUAAACACCUAUAUUACUGGACAGAGCUCAUAGAGCAGUGAGACCACGGGGCCUAUUACAAGAUGCACCGAGAGAUAUUAUUUGUAGAAUUUACUACUACAAUCUAAAAGAAGGUAUUUUGCACCUAGCACGGAAUUCUCCAGCCCUAAAUGCCUCCCCAACACAAAUCCAAAAUCUAACAGACUUGGCUUGGCAAACGUUGCAGGGAAGGAGGGCCUUGCGACCUCUCACACAGGCAUUACAGGCAAAGGAGAUCCACUACCACUGGGGAUACCCGUCCUCCCUUACAGCAUCGCAACACGGAACACAACAGUGCAUGAUAUACCCGAUUUCCUUAAGCUAUUUGAUAUCCCCCAGAUGGAUAUACAAGACUGGUAUGACCCAUGGCCACAAGGAUCUUCACAGGCUCUACCUCAAAGACCCAGAUGGAGUGGCCAGACGGAGAAGAGGAGAAUAACAGGGAAGAGACUCCCUUUUACACCUGCAUCUAGGCCCAGACCUGCUUCCCAGGACGUUUGA